AGGGGGCUGUCCCGCCUCCCGCUUAAAGAGCCGCGGCGCCGGGCGGCCGCGCAGCGACCUGCGGAGCGGCACCGCCCGGCACCAUGCGCUCCGCCGCCGCCCUCUGCCGCAUCCUCCUCCUCCUCAUCCUCCUCCUCCUGCCGCCGCCGCCACCCGCCGCCGCCUACUUCGGCUUGACCGGGAAGGAAGCUCUGACUCACUUCCCAUCCCUGGGACCCUCCGCAAGCUCUGCCCAGGGGAAGGUGCACGUGAAGCAGUGUGACUUGCUGAAGCUGUCCCGCAAGCAGAAGAGGCUUUGCCGGCGGGAGCCCGGCUUGGCGGAGACCCUGCGGGACGCCAUCCGGCUGGGGAUCAUGGAGUGCCAGUACCAGUUCCGCAGCGAGCGCUGGAACUGCAGCCUGGAGGGACGGACCAGCCUGCUGAAGCGAGGUUUUAAGGAAACCGCCUUCCUGUACGCAGUGUCCUCCGCAGCUCUCACGCACUCCCUGGCCCGCGCCUGCAGCGCUGGGCGCAUGGAGCGCUGCACCUGCGAUGACUCCCCGGACCUGGAGAACCGCAAGGCCUGGCAGUGGGGCGUCUGUGGAGACAACCUCAAAUACAGCACCAAGUUCCUGAAGAAAUUCUUGGGUCAGAAGAGGAUUGGCAAAGACCUGCGGGCCAAGGUGGACAUCCACAACACCAAUGUUGGCAUCAAGGCUGUGAAAAACGGUCUCAAAACCACAUGCAAGUGCCACGGUGUUUCUGGCUCAUGUGCUGUCCGGACAUGCUGGAAGCAGCUUUCUCCUUUCCAUGAGAUUGGACGACUGCUGAAGCUCCGCUAUGAUGAUGCCGUCAAGGUCUUCAGCACCACCAAUGAUGCUGUGGGACACUCGGAGCUGGCUGGCCCGCAGAGACAUGGCCAUUCCCCCAAGCACCCCGCUUCGCCCCGCUCUACGGACCUGGUGUACGUGGAAGACUCCCCCAGUUUUUGUCGUCCCAGCAAAUACUCCUUGGGAACUGCCGGGAGGACCUGCUCACGGGAAGGCAACUGUGACAGCAUGUGCUGUGGACGAGGCUACAACACCCAGAGCCGGCUGGUUACCUUCUCUUGCCACUGCCAAGUGCAGUGGUGUUGCUAUGUUGAGUGCCAACAGUGCAUGCAGGAGGAGGUGGUCUACAGCUGCAAGCAGUAAAGUCAGGGCUGGAGUGUGAAGAGAAGUCCUGGACUAUGAGAAAGCAGCAGGACAUGAUUCUCUGCUGUGGGGUGAGGGCAAGAACCAAAGAUGUCCAGUGCUCCUAUUAUCUCAAUGUUGAGAUCUUCCGAUCCCUGUAUGAGGGAUGGAAACCAGAGGUUUUGUCAGGUAUUAAAUCAGGAAGGAGGGACAGAGAGAAGAGGUAACAUGGGAACAGCAGAAACACUGAAACAGUCAAAAAUACCUCUCUUGAGCUAAAACUUGUGCUCUCGUCUGCAGGAAUAACCCCCUUCUCCAUCCCUCACUUGCACUCAUGUAAAUACAUCAGGGUGGUGACACUGAAAUACUGAGGGCUUGUGCCCUGGUUUCUGGAGAGAAGAGAAUUAAGGGACUGGGGAUGCCCCUAAGCAGAGACUGGAUCCCGGUGGAGCGGGGACAGCUGUGCUCCUGCACCAAGGCAGAGGGCUCUGACAACAGGGGAAUUUCAGUGCUGUUCUCCGGGAGCUGGUUGGAUCCUUUCUGCCUUGAGCUCAAAGGUGCGCUGCUGAGUAGUCCCACCCUGAAGCAAGAAUUGUGCCUCAGAAAUACCAGUUUACAAACAAAUGGAUCUCAUGUUCAUCAUCUCCCAGAUCUGUAGUUUGGACAUUCGACUCCAAGUCCAUUUUAAUCGCAUUUUAACCUUGCUGUACACAGGAGAUCUGGAAUUAUGUCUUUUAUGGUGUAGGUAUCACAGGAAAUCAACUGAGGUCUGUGAAGCUGCCGCUCUGCUGCUUGCUGCCUUGCAGGGGGUUAAUUUAUUGUGGUGGUUCGAGGGCGAUGGUGCCAAUUAUGCAUUUCUCUUCCCUCUCCCCCAGUCAAACUAUUGGUCACCCUUUUGUCUCACGCCCUGACCCCUGAGGUGCACCACAUCCCACAGGUUUGCCGUGUGCUAGUGACAGGUAGAAUUUCUGAAAGGGAAUUAGGAACCUGAGCAUCUUCAAAAUGUACAAGUCGUGAGUGACAAUCUCUGCACUGAGAAGUUAAAUAUUUCUAGACAGUGCAGGUAUCUGGCAAGGCAGAAGGUGACCUGGGGGAAGGUGCACAGCCCGUUAUAGAGUUGUGAUCCCUUGACUUUGAGUCAUGUUUUCCUAGUUAACUUUAAGCUCAACACAACAGAAACAGCCUGCGUUGUUUCUCUGGUUGGUUCUUGGAGAGCAGCUUUGGGAAUGGCAGUGAGGAUGUCCCCGACUGGCCACCAGCUGCACGUAGAGGGUGUAGCACCUGUUUGGGUGUUGAGCUGUGUUAUGGAGCUUGGCAGUGUAUUUCACCGUGCCAGGGCUCUUUCUGGUUAGUCCCGCAGCAGCAGUUAGAGCAUUUGUCCUGUGAGCAGAUCUGGAGAGUCCCUGAGAUAACAAAACUGCUGCAUUUACUCAGUCUUGGUAAUGGCUGUAAACCAGCAAGCAGACUGACUGUGUGGAGAUGGUCUGGUGCUGGAAAGAAUACUUAAACCCUUAAGCUCAGACCAAAAUUCAUUUGCAGUGUAAUGAACGAAGAUGCUGGUUUGGGUUGUUUAGAUGAUCCAUAGGCUGAAAUGGGCAGGAUUUCAAUGGGAUCGAGUUCUCCUGACAAGUGUUGAGAUCUCACCUGCGUGCUCUGGCUCUCGAGUACAGAUGUGCUGCUGUCAGGCAGCUCAUCCGUUCAUUUACACGUGCUUUGAACAACUGCUUUGCAGUGGUGAGUGUGCACUCACACACUCUUUAUCUUGACCUUUUUGCCCUUUUCUUUUUUACAAGUAUUUUUGAUUUAUGUUUCAAAAAAGGAUGGAAAAGAACUGUCUCAGAGCAGAUCUAGCCUGCAACUGGCUAUUUAGAGGCCACUAACACCUUCCCUCUGGCUAGCUACAGGUCUUUUAAUGGGCUUAUUCUUUCUUAUCCUUUUUCUGGCUCAAGUUGCCUUGAACUGAAUUCAAGUGCUUAUGAUAGACAUAAUACUGCAAAUUGGGUUAAUUGGCCUUAUUAUUUUACCUCCUAAAUAUCCAAGAACUUAACAUUGAGCAGAUCAUUAUUUACAUGUUGCUUUUAAUCUUUUUGGAGUUGAAAUCUUCCCACGAGUCUCAGUGUUAAGCACUCAAUGAAAAAGCAUCCAAAUGAGUUUAAAUUGUCAUCAUAGGUGAAAUGACAAAGGAGCCAGCUCUGCUCUACACUAUUGAUCUCAAGCCAUCUGCCCCACUGACCUCUGGGCUUGUCCAGCAUUGGAGAGGAAGAGAAUACCACAUCAUGGCAGGGUUGUUUGGGGAUCACAUGCCCUUGCGUGGAGAAUUCUCAUUUAAACAGGGAUUAGGACAGUGGAAGGAGAGGGGAAGCACAACUGGAUCCCAUUCUUUGGGAAGCGAGUGGAGGAGACAUCAGUCUUUCCUAUUGCUUUUAUCAAAGCCAUACUUCUCAGUUGCCCAUUGGCCAGUAAUUUUAGGCAUGCACUCUCCACCACCACAUGUCAGAAUUGGAGCACAGCUAGGAUGCUCCUAGGUAGUGGAAAGUGCUCUUGAUUAUGUUGUUUUUCUUAUUCCCUCUUUGUUGUUGAUGAACUAAUGGGGUUCCAGCUCACACAUCGCUGCAGGUUGGGAUUCACACACCGUACAGGACUUGCCUAAGGUGGCUGCAGGCGAGAACUCAGGAUAGAACUGUUUUUUUUACAGCUUAGUAAGUUCUGUCUACAGCUUUGCCAUGAAGUUUUUUGAAGAAGGAAAAUCGCUUCUGCAACCAGCUAGUAAUGUCAUCUGGGCCAGUGUCACCUGGUUACAGCUGCGUCCAGUGAGGGGUUAUGAAUCUGCUCUCUCAUUUCUUAAAAGAGCAGGCUGUUUGUAUUACUUUGAGUAUUAGGUCUUCUCUUAAGGGCUUUGUGUUCGCUGAACUCCAAUUCAUCCUGCUGAGCACCGUUGUGUUCGACUCUUGCAGUAGGAACUGUCAGGCUGCACACUGAGAGCAGGUCUGUGAAGUUCUAGUGUGCUCUUGCCCUCCAAACCCAACGUGUUGCUGUUGGAAAGGAUCUACCACCUCACACAUGACUUAAAAUCUGUCUUCUCCCCUUCCCAGUGAACCCAGUAGAGGUUGGAGCUUGUCUGAGGUGACUGAACAGGAGCCUCCCCAGACCUUGCUGGUCUUUUUAGGGCCCUUGGGUACCCUCCAGGUAUCUGCAGAGUGCACUUAUUUCAAAGUGAAGCUUUUUGUCUUGCUCAGACUCACCCUCCUUUUCUAUUAUUGUAAAAAAGAGAGGAGAAAACCACACAAGAACAGACACGUAGAUAAGUCUUUGAGUCUUCUGCAAUGACCUCGUCUUGCUCUGCAGCAAUGCGGAAGGAAAUACAUGUUACUAACUGCUUUCAUUUUGCUAUCAAAAGCAUUUAAAACCUGUAAGCUAGUUCUUCUAUCCCAAAGACAAGCCUAAUUCCCACAUGGCAAAAAGCAUUAUUUUAAUAAAAUCCUUUAUCCGGCUCAAAUUUGGCAAUGCUUUGAGCAGUAGGUGAAUGCACUUUGGAGGCAUGUUAUGUGCGUCGCACAACAUACAUAAAAACAAGACCAGAAGGAUGGUAAGAUGACUAUUUAGGCAGAGACAAAUAUGGUCAGACUAGUAGAACUUACAAAUUUGGUUGUUUGUGUUCUUUGCAACUGAAACACUGAUGUCAGUGGAAACAGAAGGACAAGUUUAUGGCAAGCAGACUAGACACCUUUAUUUAGGCAACUAGAUGAAGCUCCUUCAGUGUGGAUAUUUUGGGCUGAAUUGGUCCUUUGGCACUCUUUCAGGCAAAGAAGACACAUUUAAGGCAGAAUUCAAUACUGCUUUACAGCACUUGAAAAAUAUCUUAGGUUUUGUGUGCAUCGCCCAUAUUGUACGGUCAUUUAUACUUCCGAGGUAGUGUCACCAAGUUCCUUGCCACCAAAAACACUGGUAUCUGUGAAAUGUGCAGGGAUUACCUCUAGGAAUGGAUGUUUUUAGUAGUGACCUGUGUUACCGUCUGAGCUGUGACCUGUUAAAACUGGCAGCAUCUGCGCCACACCAUGUUUUAGUCCAGUCUUACUGCCAGCAGCUAUGAGGUGGAGCUGCCCUUUGCCUUGAGCAUUGGGUUAGCACAGUCCCAUGGGGAUCUCACAAAGAACCUUGUUAAAGUCAAAGAAUAACAUGAACAAAAUAAAUGGAAAGGUGACAUUGUGCCUGAAAGCCCUGGGACCACACAAGGGUUCUUGAAUAGGAACUGGUCAAAAAGAUAUUUCAGGGGAAAAUUAAGUCCUUUUUUUUCCCCCUGUACCAUGGGGAAAUUUGCACCUGUAGCUCCUUGCCCUGCUUGAGAAAUGGUGAAUAUGGACAAGAACUGAGUAAGAGACGGUUCAUUCUCUGGUAUCCCUGGGGUGAGUGGAAUACUGAGGUUUGGCGUUUGACCGAAGUAAAUUUUGGUUGUUAGUUGUUAAGCCAAGACUGGACAAGGAAGUCUGAUCUGCUCUGACUUUGCUCUGCAAACUUAUCUCAAAGCCUGUUUGAACCCCUCGCUGUCGCAGCUGAAAAGCUCUUUGUUCAACUCUGCCCAUCAGGACAGACAGCCUCUCUCAGUCUGGAAACCAAGCGAUGAAAACUGAUGGGAAAUAAAUAAUUUUUAAUGCCCCAUAUGAGUUUUGGGGAAAAGACCUGCGUAUAUUUUGAGCUCGAGGCAAUGCUGAUAUCACUCUUUCUGGUAUCCUUCAACACUAAGCCUUUUAGAAACGGUGCUACAGAUAAGGGAGUGAAAAAGUUUGCUUCAGGCAAAUAGCUUUCUUUUUUCUUUCCACAUUCAGUUAUCCAGGGCUGUUUUAUCACCCAAACAUGGGGUAAGUUGGGUUGAUACUGAGAAAUGUGAUUUACUUCAACUGACAGCAAUAGGAGUCUUUGUGGGACCAGGAAGCAAAACUUGGCUCUGUUUGCGUUCAGUAUUCUUAGGCUUUAAUUGUAUUUUCUUCAAGAAUCAAGACCGAGCAUAAUCUUCAGCAAAGCUCUUCUGCCACCUCCUGGAGAUGUGGGAUGUGAAGACCUGGGCCUCCAUUUGAUCUGUUUGUGAGCUUUUUCAUUAUGCUGCACACCCUAUGAUGUCCUACAAGCUCAGUGGAUGUGCUGCCUCUUUGGUUUUAAGUGCAAAGAAGUUACUGGAAUGACAGGCUGGAGAUAUAAGGCAAUCACACUUAAGUCUACACGGAAAUCUUCUCAUCAGCGAAGGUGAAAACUUACACCCUGGUUAUAAAAUUCCUUUCACAAACACAAAUGUACUUCAGAGUGACUAUUGAUGGUAAAAAUCUGAGCUGCUCGUGCUUUCCUGUGUAGUUUUUUUGAUUCAGGAUGAAUCCUUUCCUCUGUACCUAAGAUCCAAGUAAGAUGAGAGCAGUGGUAGGUCUCAUAGUCCUGACUGGCUGGGGUCCUCACUGCCCACACGGGGGACACUCUGCAGAUACAGGUGACUCCAUGUCCCUGUGUGUACGUCCUAGUCCAGGUUUUAUUGCCUGUCCUGGUGUGUGGUGGUGCUGGUUUGGUGGUAGUGGAUCCAGCAUGAGGAAAGUAACAACCCAUCGGAAGUUUUACUGAAGCGUAUAAAGCUCUGGUGUAGAUGAACCCACCAUCCUCAAGUGAAGAGUUGAACCUGCUUGGGAAGGGAUCAUGUACCUGAAUGCUGCCCCAUAAAAUGAUAAGAAAUUAGUAAUUUCUUGAGACUUAACCAGGGAUCCAUGCAGCACUGCUCCUGUGGUGGAAGGGCAGUGCAAUGCUGUGGUCACAUCAAUAAAUAGGGACAUGUAAGCCAAGAAACACUAACGAGCAGAGUAACAAAACCCACUUGUACAACAGACAAUUCUACGCCUUCAGGCCUUGUGUAAGACUGGAAGGCCUCUUUGUGACAACAUUAUGUGUCAUGUGGAAAAAUAAAAGGCUGUGCUUUAAGGGAAGCAAAUCAUUUGUCUACCUCAACAUGUACAAUUUUUGUUACAAGAAGUAUGGAUGUUAUUUAUAUUUCUUAUGUAUCCUCUAGAAAGAAAAUGGUGCUAUGGGUUUUAAGUUGCAUUACAGUCCUGCUCGUCCUUUGUCCUAUUUUUUAUAUAAUCCCUUUGAUUAUAACAUGCAUAUUUGUGUAGCUGGCUAUGUUGUCCGGUAUUGCACUAGUGUCUGCACUGCUGGUGUUCUUGUCAAUCAAUAAAUACCAUUUUUUUUC